AUGGAACAGCCGAACGUGCAAACCCUGACACAUUCGCUCAAGAUGUACGUGGCUGAAGUUGACCAGCGAGACUGGGAUGAGUAUGCUGAGCGGCUCACAUUUGCCAUUAACACUGCACAAGAUCGGAUCCGGGGGGAUACCCCGUUUUAUCUGAUUCAUGGGUGGGACCCGCGAUCGACUUUGGAGGCUACGCUACCAGUGGGGAAUACGGGGACACGAGAUCGCGAUCCAAAGAGGUGGAGAUACAAAAUCCAAAGACAAUACCAGCGAGCCCGAUCUGCAGUGAACGAUCGUUUACAAGCCGCGAUCCAGGAGCGAGCGGACCGACACAACGAAGAUCUGGAACCACACGAGAUCGAAGUAGGAGCGCAAGUUUGGCUAUACCUGGACCGAGUUAAAGAGGGAUAUGCGAAGAAGCUAGCGCACAUGUGGCAUGGGCCAUUCCGAGUUGCGGACGUAUGUGGAGAUCAUGCUGUAAAAUUGGAGAUCGCUGGAACCCCAUAUCGAUUAUUUCCGAUUGUACAUACAUCGAAGCUAAAAAAGGUAAAGACGUUCCCUGAACGCCCAAAGGAUCAGCUACGAUAG